AUGGAAAGUGCCACCUGUGUGAUGCUACCUGUCUACAGUGCAGUGGUCCAGAGAGUGAGGACUGCACCAGCUGCCCUCCGACACGGUUCUUUGAUGAUGGACGCUGUGACAUCCGCUGCCAGACAGGGCGUUACGCCAUGGAGAGGCAGUGCCAUCUCUGUCACCACACCUGCCACGAGUGUACUGAUGAGGGACCUGACAACUGCACCAGCUGUGACAGAGAUAGGUUUGACGUGGCCAGGUACCUCUUUCAGAGUCAGUGUCGGGAUGUCUGUCCAGAGGGGUUCUUCCCCUCUUCAAGAAGACGGUGUGAAGUCUGUCCCGCAGACUGCAUCCUCUGUUCCUCAGCAGACCACUGCCUCCACUGCAGCCCAGGACACAAGCCCAGAAAUGGCCAGUGCGUCCCGUUGGAGUGCAGUGCAGGUGAAAGAUGCUGGUAAGGUUGCAAAUGCAGAGAAAGAGGACUGUGUCCCCUGUGACGAGGGCUGCAAGCUAUGUGAACGCAAGGAUUCAGGCGAUCAGGAGCAGGGAACUGUUUGUCUCAAAUGUGAAGAUGAUUACUACCAGUUAGGCACAGACUGUCAUCAGUCCUGUCCAGAUCGGACCCACAGUGUGAUCGACACCAUGAUGUGCACUCCAUGUGAAGAACAACAAUGUGUAAUCUGCGACCAGUCCCAGUGCUACUGGUGUGAAGAGGGUUUCUUUGGCUUUGAUGACAAGUGUGUGGAUCACUGUCAGGAAGGUUUCUUUGUGGAUGAGGAGAGCCGGGACUGUGAGCCUUGUCACCGCACCUGUCGUACCUGUGGAGGGCCACAAUAUGAUGACUGUGACUCCUGCGAGGAGGGAUUCAUGCUGAAGAGCGGGGAGUGUUUAGAGGGCAGACAGCUUUCUUCCUGCACUGAGACACACUUCACAAACAGUCAGGGCGAAUGUGAGCUGUGCCACGCCGCCUGUAAGACUUGCUCUGCUGCGGGGAAGGAGGACUGCAACAGCUGCUAUUCUGGUCGUUUUUUGACUUCCCAUCAGACCUGCUUGCCCCGUUGUCCAUCUGGUACUUUUGCCAACCAGGCGUCCAGCCGGUGUGAAGACUGCUCAAAAGGGUGUGUCAUGUGUCAGGAUGCCCAGCAGUGCCAGCGCUGCCGCAGUGGGCUUAACCUCCACAAUGGAGUGUGUGUGGUGGAUUGUCAGAGAGGGUUUUCUCAAGGUGGUGUAUGCCAGCCGUGUGUGCCAGAGUGUGCAUCCUGCCAGGGAAAUUCCUCUCACUGUCUGAGCUGUGAGAAACAGUAUCUUCUGCUGGACCGCUCCUGCAGGUCUCACUGUCCAGAGGACUAUUACGCAACCGAGAACCGUGAAUGCAUUCACUGUCCAGCUCACUGUGGAGAGUGCAAUCAAGAUGGCCUGUGUAAGAAGUGUGCUCAGUACUACUUCCUCCAUGAGGGUAAGUGUGUGGAUGAUUGUCCCAAUGGCUACUUUGCCAGCGAGAAGCCACAGGAGUGUGUGCAUUGCCAUGCUGAUUGUGCCUCUUGUGACGGGCCGAGCUUUGAUGACUGUGAUGUGUGUCGCAACCCAAAAGCUGUCCGUUACAAUGGAGAGUGUCUGGCUAAGUGUCCCAACAGCACUUACUAUGACGCGACUACCAAUGAAUGCAGAGAUUGUGACAUGUCAUGUCAGACCUGCUCAGGGCAUCAGCCCUCAUCGUGCCUCAGCUGCGAUACCCACAGGCGUAAAGAUGCCAGCGGGCACUGUGUGUGGUUCAUUCAGUGCUCUUUGCGCUCAUAUAUGGACCAUAAUGGGCAGUGCCAACAGUGUCACAAACUCUGUCAUCGCUGUUCUGGACCGGGCAAAGACAACUGCCUCAGCUGCAAUGAGCCACACUUCCUAAUGAACAACACAUGUGUGCAGGAGUGUUCUGUGGGUUACUAUGCAGAGGACAAAGACAAACGUGUGUGUGAACGCUGUCACUUCAGCUGUAAGUCAUGUGUUGGUCGUCACAGUUUGCAGUGUGUCAACUGUAAAUCUGGAUUUUUCAAGCAGGGAAGCAACUGCGUCGAAACCUGUUCAGAGAGUCACUUUGGCAACACCACCACCAUGGUUUGUGAGCAAUGUGACCCCUCUUGUAGCCAGUGUGGGGGUCGUGGUAACAGAAACUGUCUGAGCUGUCGGGAGGACUACGUCUACUUGAGGCGGGGGGGACAGUGCCUGCUGAGCUGCCCUCCGAGCUUCUACCAACACAGCCGCUCCAAGACCUGCCACCAGUGUCACCCCACCUGCAAAACCUGCAGUGAUAAGGGCGCUCUGGCCUGUCAGUCCUGUUUUGAAGGCUACACGUUUAUGGGAGGCAUCUGUUUAUCCAAAUGUCUCGUAGGCUACUAUGCCACUUCCCAGGGCUCUGAGUCAGAGAGUGAUGAGCCAAACUGCAAGGCAUGUGACCCGUCCUGCAUUGACUGCCGUGGUCCCAGCAUGUCGAGCUGCACAGUGUGCCCCGCACUCCAGAUCCUGCUUGAUGGUCGCUGCUUGUCCUGCUGUGGAAAUGAGACACGCCAUGAUGAUCAACCAAUACCCAGGGAGUGCUGUGACUGCAAGGCCUCACGAGAGGAGUGCAUCAUUGGUGUAAACUUUGUGAUGAGAGAUGCUGAAGACAUGGAGUCUCAAGGCAGCACCGCCAAACUCCUUGUCCUGGCCUGUGUUGUGCUUAUCCUCUCUGUGGGCGGUGGGUUCUUCCUCUUCCUCAAUGCUCGAUCUAAAUCACUUGCCAUUGCACCCAAAACCAAAGCGGGAGGCUAUGAGAAACUGGGCACCAAUGGGGGCAUUGCCUCACAACACCACACCUCUUCAUUUGGGGAGUACAGCGACCGAAUCAUUGAAUGUGAGGAAGAUGAGGAAGAUGAUGAUGACAUUGUGUACAUGGGAAAAGAUGGGACAGUGUAUCGGAAGUUCAAGUACGGACUGUUGGAUGAGGACGAGAUUGAGCUAGAGUACGAUGACGAGAGCUAUUGACAGGGAAGUAGCUCUGCCUGAUGCAUCAUUUCAGUCUAAACGUGUUGUGAAAGUUGUUUUUCCCCAUUCCUCAGACAUGUAAUGUCCAUUUAAUUAUUUUUUUAAGAGUUGGAUCUCUUCAGAUCAUGUUGGCACAAUCAGCAGGCGGAGCAGUCUUUGGUGAAGGAGGGUGGCAAUUUCGCAGCAAUGUUUUUCAAUUAUAUUACAUUUCAAAGACACUUUAGUCGCACCAGCCAGUUCCUAAUCAAUAUGUUAAUAUGUUAUGACAUUUAUGAUGGUCAUGAAGUUCUGUGACCAUUGUCUGAAACGUCUGACAAAAUAUGACUGCUGGGUCAAGUUGGAUGUAGACUUACUAGUGGUCUAGCCUCAACAUCAAUCAUUUGGGUUUCCUGUUGGAUGAUGCAACCUAUUCCUUUGAUUGGUAUGAAGAGUUGGUUUCUUUGUUGAGCCACACACCUCUGGGAAAGUUCUAUAUGUGCUGACAAUCAUAUUCAUGUGUUUGUUUACAUUUUCUAGAAAACAUUUUAUUGUCGAACAAAUAUAAUUUGAAGAACAACAUAAAAUGAUAUAGAAAUCAUUCUCCAUUGAUAUAAGAGAAAAAGCAAGCUUACAAAAGGCAUUCAUGUUAGUUAAAAUUAGCAUGUUGAAUGUUCAACACAGUGACACAUUAAAUACUACAUGUAAUUGCACAUUGCAUUCUGUUAUUACAACCCAGUUAACAUUUGGAAUGAAUGUUAGCGUAAUAUACUUCCUCUGUUUCUGCAUCAUCUGGUAUGAAGCUCAAAUGAAUCAGUCGUAACAUUACUGUCAGUUCUUUCUGUGUUUGAAUUGUAAACUGGACUUUGUAUCGCACUGCAGGAGUCACCAAAAUAUACAAAGAAAACUUUUCACUGAAGUAAAAUCUGUACCUUGGGGGGGUUCUGUUUGGGUUAGUUUACACAAAGAGAGAUAUUUUCCAACUGGUUUUGUCUUGUUUAAGCCACAGUGAAAUGCUGGCAUCUGCAUGUCUGUGCAUGUGUCCAGAAUAAUACUCAAAACAAAUUAAUUUAGCAGGACAUUGUUCUUUUAGGUCUCCACCAGUUACGUUUUUGCAUUUGCCUUUUAUUGCUGUCUCACCAGGACAAUAAGAGGUCUGCAUCCCACCCACCGAAAGA